AUGGAAGGUUCAAACAGUGAAGACAAAGCUAAACCGCCUGGGGAGCGCGAAGAAAAGAGUGACGAACCCCCUCUCCUACACAACAGAAAACCUUUCUUUUUAUCGAAGAGGAAGUCCAAAUCGUACGAAUCGCAGAUCCAAGGUGUGUUGUUAAGAUUGCUGAUAAUGCGUGGGUACCGAGUUGUAGUAAAAAAGCCAAAGAUCGCGAAGAAGUCGCUUCCGUUUUUGACGAUCUUGUCGCUCCAUCGCGAGACACAAACGAUUUACUUCAAAAAGGAGUUGGAGGACAGAUGUAAACAACUCGAGUCAAAGAAAGAAGGCCUUUCGGGCUAUUCCCAUCAAAAGGUCAUGAAGUACACACAACGAAAUCGAAUUGCGCUCACGUGUAAUUACUUACUUAAACUCCUCUGUGAAGACAACUUUGCGUAUAAAGAGCGGAAGUCCAAAGAAAGUAUCGAGACUGUUCAACUUGUUAAAUUCAGUGAGUUAUGGUCUGAGAAGUGGGGGGUGUGUGUAUGCGACAGAGAUAUUGUAAGAAUAGGUGAAGACAUGAUAGCGUUCAUAACUGAAACCUUCGACAAAGUUGGCUGUGAACAAAUUGUCUUUGGAAAGGAAUAUUACUAUGGGUAUGAGUCUAUCAAUCACCUUGAGAUUUAA